ACUUUAGUACCCUAAUUCUCAGUUAGCAAGGCUCUUGCAAGUCAAGAUGGAGAGCAAAAGCUUGUCCGUGUGUCUAUUGAUUGUGGCUCUCCUCGGAUCCUGCCAUGGAUCUUCAUCCCAAAUUUCUGAAAUUGUCAAGGAGCAUUUUGUGGCUUUUCAGCAAAGGGCAGCAGGAGAAAACCCGUUGAAUUAUCUGCCCAAGGAUUUGGAGGAGUUCUUACCUUAUGCUAAAACUUUGAACCGAGUUCGGCCUUUGGUAUUGGACAAGAGACAACAAGGAUUGGUUUGCAUAGCUUGCGAGUCUUUUGUCGACUCUGUCAUCGACAAUCUGAACUCGGGUACUCCGAUUGAAGACAUCAUCACUGACAUCUCCGACUAUUGCAUUGCCUUGGACAUUGUCUCAGCAAUCGAAUGUAGAGGGAUUGUUGAGAUCUAUGCUCCCGAGUUGCAAUAUAUUGUCCAAAAUAGCCAAACCAAUGGCGCUCAAUUUUGCGCUCUUCUCCUUGGAAGUGGUUGUGAAGCAUCGGAGUCAGUCAAUGCUUGGACCGUUCCAGUUCCAGAUGGCAAACCUCCCGUGGAAACACCCACGGAACCGGAAGCUGGAUCCCCAACAACCAGGGUUCUUCAGCUAUCUGACUUCCACUUAGAUUUGACUUAUACUGUUGGCAAUGCUGCUUCCGAAUGCGGUCAGAUCUUGUGUUGCACUGACGCGGUUGGUGAACCAACUUUAUCUGAGAAUGCCGCAGGAUAUUGGGGCGGUUACGCGUGUGACACCCCCAUUUGGAUGUUCCAAGACAUGUUGGAACAAAUCGCAUCCACUCACCAGGACAUCGAUUACAUCAUGAUCACGGGGGAUUACCCCGCCCAUGACCUUUGGGCGCAAAGUCGAGAGCGAAAUUUGGAGAGCGCCAAAUCCAUCACUGACUUGGUCAAACAAGUCUUUCCCGACACACCAAUCUUUCCCAGUUUGGGAAACCACGAAUCAUUUCCUUGUAAUAGCUUUCCACCAAGUACUUUGAAUAACACGGAAUUCAAUCCCAGUUGGCUGUACAACGCCCUGAAAGAUCUUUAUUCGGAUUGGUUGCCUCAAGAGGCUUUGGAUACGUUCGUCAAGGAUGGGUAUUACACCACUGAGAUCAUGCCAGGACUACGGGCCAUAGCCGUCAACUCAAUGACUUGCUACAACUUAAACUUUUGGCUGAAUUAUAACUGGGCCGAUGCCAAUGGCCAGCUGGCUUGGCUGGUUGAGGAACUGACCAAAGCUGAAAUGAAUGGCGAGAGAGUUCAUAUCCUGAGUCACAUCCCUCCUGGUAAAGACGACUGUCUUGGCUCUUGGGGUAGAGAGUUCACGAAAAUUGUCCUUUGUGGAUAGGUAAGAUCUGUGAAUAGGUUCGAGAACACCAUCACCGCUCAGUUUUAUGGGCACACUCAUAACGAUGAAUAUACAGUGUUCUACGAUGUCGAAACCAACUCUCGAGCCACAAGUAUUGGGUUUAUUGCACCCAGUGUGACCCCUUGGCACGACUUAAAUCCUUACAGGAUCUACACUUUGGAUGGUCCUUAUCCUGGAGCGUCAAUGAGAGUUCUCGAGUCUGAAACUUACAUGUACGACAUGAUUGAGGCUAAUCUCCAAGGCAGCACGGUUCGUCCCAAGUAUUUCAAACUCUAUGAUGCAAAGACCGUUGGGAUGAAGAAUCUGUUUCCUGAGGAGUGGGAUCAGCUGGCAAGGAGAAUGGUAACCGAUGACGAGUUGUAUGGCAAAUUCUUUAAGUAUUACACGCAAAGCACAAACUUGGACGAUGCGGACAAAUGGACGGUGAUUUGCUCUUUGGUACGAUCAUCCAACUUGGAUGAGAAAUGCGAGGAGAUUCUGGCCCUGCACCGACCCAAGGUUGACGAGUCAUACUUUCAAAUAGGCCGAGCGUUUAUUGACGUGAUUGCUUGA